AUGCCUGGUAGAACAUUGCCCACCAUCCCUCAAGCCGACGUCGCCUCGCACAACACUGCCAAAUGCUGCUAUGUCACCGUCGGCACAAAGGUCUACGAUAUCACUCCCUUCCUCGAGGAUCACCCUGGUGGUGGUGACCUGAUUAUCGACUAUGGCGGCAAGGAUGUAAAGGACAUUAUGGACGACACGGCUUCCCACUUCCACUCGGAAUCUGCUUGGGAGAUCCUCGACGACUAUCUCGUUGGCUUCGUCGCUACCGAGUCCGUCAUGAAGGCCGUUACCGACACUACCCACCCAGCCGAUAUCGUACCCCUGCCGCCUUCAGAGGCCGGUGCCGCGGAGCUGCGCAAAGAUGGCCCCAACCAGCCACUUUACGAGAACACUGGAAUGUCUUGCGAGGAAGACUUGUCCAGAGAGACGGACGCUAGCUCUGAUUACCGCACUCACAAGUUCCUCGACCUGAACAAGCCUCUGCUGAUGCAGGUAUGGAGGGGUGGCUUCACCAAAGAAUUCUAUCUCGAACAAGUGCAUCGCCCUCGCCACUACAAGGGUGGAGACAGCGCGCCUCUGUUUGGAAACUUCCUUGAACCUCUGAGCAAAACUCCCUGGUGGGUCGUGCCUACUGUCUGGCUUCCUCCGGUUGCGUACGGCACCUGGCUCUCAGGUCAGGGUCUUUCUACCGUCGGCCUCACUUCUUACUGGAUUACCGGCCUCUGUAUCUGGACUUUGGUCGAGUACGUUUUGCAUCGCUUCCUGUUUCAUCUGGACCAGUAUCUACCCGACAACCGUGCUGCCCUCACCCUGCAUUUUCUCCUCCACGGUAUUCACCACUACCUGCCGAUGGACAGGCUGCGUCUGGUUAUGCCUCCAACCUUGUUCCUGGCUCUUGCCACGCCUUUCUGGCAUCUCGCUCACGCCGUUUUCUUCUAUGAUUGGAACGCUGCCACUGCAGUCUUCUGUGGUGGUAUCUUUGGAUACAUUUGCUACGAUCUGACUCAUUACUUCUUACACCACAAGACCCUUCCUGCUUACUGGCGCGAGCUGAAGAAGUACCACUUGGCACACCACUUUGCCGAUUACGAGAACGGGUUCGGUGUCACCAGUCGUUUCUGGGACUGGGUGUUCAAGACCGAACUACCCAUGACCCCGCCCAAAAUCAUCAAGACGACGUAA